UUUUUUCUCAAGAUCUCGAGCCCAACCACAACCAAGCAAAAGAUCCUUGGGAAGACAGAGGGUGGAUGGGACCACAAUUGAAGAGAAACCUGGCGAUACAACACACAAACAACCAUGAGCAGCCAUCGACAUUCUGUUUUGCUAAUCUUGUUGGCAACUGCUUUGUUCACUUGCUUUGGAGUGUAUCGAAUCAAGCAAGUGACUUUAUUGACCGACGGGAUCUUUCACGCCAAAGAACACCGUCAACGCGAGGAAUAUGAAUAUCAGGCAUUUUUUGCUCCCAAUGGCGGACAGCCAAGGGAGUCUGUUCUGGACCAGAGAAGACAACAAGUCUCGACAGAACCAAUGAUCAGGGAACGAAAUAUUACCAAACGUGAUCAGCCACAGCUCUUUUCCUACAAGAGUCGCAGUAUCCGUUCUUGGGGUUGCGAGAGACGCACGGAACGACCUUUUAUUUUUGUACACUGUGGAAAAUCGGGUGGUGGCAAUGUGAGGAAACGGUUGGCGUCCAGUGCCUUGGGAUUUAGUGAAUCCUACUCAAAUUGGCACAAGGCUCUGGAAGAUCCCCACUAUCAUUUUCCCAUGCUAGAUUCCAAGGGAGAAGUCGUCAAGGGAUCCUUUGUCAAUUCACACUUUCCAAAUUACCGUCCGUCCUACAAUUCCACACACCCGGAUGCCACCGCAGAAGCGUGGGAAACAUUUGAAGGAACGCUUCCUUGUGCCGCAGAAACACCCCUGGGACAAGCAUUGGCGUGUCCGCUAUUAAAACGCACUGGACCUGCACGAUUAGCCUGUCACCAAGGCUAUUGCAACAUUGUCUAUGCAGGACACAACUAUGUCGGCAAUGAGUUGCACUGGCUCCCGAAUCAGUUUUUGGCGCAGUGGUGGGAGAAAAAGCACAAUUCUACAACCAAGGUGGAUUUGUACAAAGACUUUAUGAAACGCAUGAAGGAUUGGAGUCCUCCCGAACGAAAAGCACCAUGCUAUAUGCCAAUCCAUUUCAAUCGAUCUCUACAACUAUCACGGCACUACCGAAGUCGUUACGCCAAAUGCGUCCAACCCAAGGAACAAAAGUGGGAUCAAAUGGCACACGACAUUUUCGGUACCAAUAAUCAAACCGUCACCGACUGGUCUGCCAUUUAUGCAUCGCUUCCAGUGUUGCGAGUGACGUUGCUCCGAGAACCACUCAGUUGGCUCGUGAGCAAAUUCUUUUGGCACUCUCGAGAGCCAGGAUUUUUAAUGGGUAUCAGUGGCACGAGGUACACGUAUGAUACGCUCAAACGAUGCGACAAUAAUGAUCUUUCGGCGUCGAUAACAACAACUGGUAGUACUACCGGUAGUGGGAAGAAGAAAGAUGGGAUGGAUGUCGUGGUGGAUUGGGUCUCGCAUGCAUCACUGGGAUAUAUACAUCAACUGUGCGGGGAAGACUGCGUGGUGAGGAUGCAUCAUGGCACCAUGACAUUGAAAGAGGCCGAAGUGCAGGCACGCCGCAAUCUACAACAAAGUUUUGCCGUUGUGGGGUUGCUGGAAGAAUCAGCAACAUUCUUUGACAUGAUCACGGCCCGGGCCCAGUACAUGAACACUUCCUUGCAUCCAUCGAUUGAGGGGGAACCGCACAAGUCUCGGCCGGGGGAAGGUAUGGAGGACAGCCAAGACAGAUGCAAAGAACUCUUCGCGCCGGACACUUCAUUUGCCCAGACCCUUACCGAGCGAUCGCCGCAACUGGCCGCGUUGAAGCGAUUGUACCGUGUGGGAGUUACUGUCAACCGGCACCAAAAGGAAGAGUUAGAGGAAUGCGGAAGCUUGGAAACGACCAACACAGCAACAUAAUAAUAGCGAAGAAAGCUACGGAACAUGGCUGGUCACCCGCAAAAGCUACGGGCGGCCUCCAACAACAAAGAAGGACUGGCACCAGAGGCACUUUGCUUCAGUUUGUCAAAGGCUGCCUAUCCCUUGUCGAGGUUCAGUGGAUCCGAUACUUUGGCCAGUGACUACUACUACGCCCUGUUUUUGAAAUGUCACUUGAUCUGGCGUGUCUGCGGCAACUCACUGCUGCGACGAUUGAUCUGAUCCAUGAUAGCUACAAAAGUAAUAUCCGGGCAGAAUCUCCCCGGCCACCCGCCUGGUGACUAGCUAGCUAGGCAUUAAUGGAACUAUCUUAUUUCUUUGCCUUCUUCUUC